GCAAGAGGAUGCACAGAGGAAGGAAUUGAAACAGUUUGUUGGCUUUUGUUUACCUGGUGUGUGCAGAGGCCACCUCGUUCUCUCUCUCCUGGCCAUCCCUGACCUUUCUUUUUACUCCUUAAAAAAAUUAAUUUCCCCCUCUGUGCAAUGGAGCGUGGGGGGUGGAGGGGGAAGGGUUUGAGAAUCCACCCAAGCCCGGCCCCUAUUCCCCAGAACACCAAUAAUAACCCCCUUUAAAACAUUUACCUUCCUCCCCUGCUCCUCCUCCUCCCCUCGGCCCACCGCCCCUAACUCAUAACUCUGUUGAGCCCAGAAUCUCAGAAUCAGGCGUUGGCUUUGCCGGGUGCUUCAGAUCAAUGGAUGAGUUCCACCCGUUCAUCGAGGCGCUGCUGCCUCACGUCCGAGCCUUCUCCUACACCUGGUUCAACCUGCAGGCGCGGAAGCGCAAGUACUUCAAGAAGCACGAGAAGCGGAUGUCAAAGGACGAGGAGCGCGCGGUGAAGGACGAGCUGCUGGGCGAGAAGCCUGAGAUCAAGCAGAAGUGGGCGUCGCGGCUGCUGGCCAAGCUGCGCAAAGACAUCCGGCCCGAGUUCCGCGAGGACUUUGUGCUGACCAUCACCGGCAAGAAGCCCCCCUGCUGCGUGCUCUCCAACCCCGACCAGAAGGGCAAGAUCCGGCGGAUUGACUGCCUUCGCCAGGCUGACAAGGUGUGGCGGCUGGACCUGGUCAUGGUGAUUUUGUUUAAAGGGAUCCCUUUGGAAAGUACUGAUGGGGAGCGGCUCUACAAGUCGCCCCAGUGCUCGAACCCCGGCCUGUGCGUCCAGCCACAUCACAUUGGAGUCACAAUCAAAGAACUGGACCUUUAUCUGGCUUACUUUGUCCACACUCCGGAAUCCGGACAAUCAGAUAGUUCAAACCAGCAAGGAGAUGCGGACAUCAAACCACUGCCCAAUGGGCACUUAAGUUUCCAGGACUGCUUUGUGACAUCUGGGGUCUGGAAUGUGACAGAGCUGGUGAGAGUAUCACAGACUCCUGUUGCGACCGCAUCAGGACCCAACUUCUCUCUGGCGGACCUGGAGAGCCCCAGUUACUACAACAUAAACCAAGUGACCCUGGGACGGCGGUCCAUCACCUCCCCUCCUUCUACCAGCACCACCAAGCGGCCCAAGUCCAUCGAUGACAGCGAGAUGGAAAGCCCGGUUGAUGACGUGUUCUAUCCUGGGACAGGCCGCUCCCCAGCAGCUGGCAGCAGCCAGUCCAGUGGAUGGCCCAAUGACGUGGAUGCAGGCCCUGCUUCUCUAAAGAAGUCAGGAAAACUGGAUUUCUGCAGCGCCCUCUCCUCUCAGGGCAGUUCCCCACGCAUGGCUUUCACCCACCACCCGCUGCCUGUGCUUGCUGGAGUCAGACCAGGGAGCCCCCGGGCCACAGCAUCAGCACUGCACUUCCCUUCCACGUCCAUCAUCCAGCAGUCGAGCCCAUAUUUUACACACCCAACCAUCCGCUAUCACCACCACCAUGGGCAGGACUCGCUUAAGGAGUUUGUGCAGUUUGUGUGCUCUGACGGCUCGGGUCAGGCCACAGGACAGCCCAACGGUAGCGGCCAGGGCAAAGUCCCGGGGUCAUUUUUGCUACCGCCGCCGCCUCCAGUGGCCAGACCUGUGCCCCUUCCUAUGCCUGAUUCCAAAACCACCAGCACGGCCCCAGACGGCGCCGCCUUGACUCCUCCAUCACCUUGUAAGUGGACGAUGAAACCGAAACCACAGCGCCCAGCAUCCCUGGCCCAUCUACACAGUCUCCACUGCAAAAAGAGGAGCGCCCCCUCCCCCAACAAAGUCCCUCCUCAGAGUGCCUCAGAGCCUCCCACCGGAUGAGCAGGGUUGAGCCCU